ACAGGCAGUGCUGGCGAUCAUCUCAUCACGGAUCCAUCAGCGCUAAGCUACAGCUGCCUUACUCAAAGGGGGAAAAAAGUGUUAAUAAUCUUCCUGUCUUGGCUGUUAAUGUGUUGAUAUGUAUGCUUUGAUCUGAGACGGAAAAAUCCUCUAAGUGUUUGGUAACACUUUGACGACUGACUUAAUACUUUCCAGCAGCGGUAAUAAUAUAUUAGCACUUUCUUUCCUCCUGCACGUAUCAGUUAUUAACAAACACAUACUAUGACAUAAGUACUUUACUAUGACUAGAGAAGCAGUUCCUCCUCAUCUCACUGCUUAGCAUCUAAUACACAAGUUUCAAUUUGGAGAGAAUGUGCCAGCAUACCACAAAUCAAAAGUUUUCUGUUUGAGCUGAUCAUUUAACAGGAGUUUAUUCCUAUAGUAUGAUCAUUUUAUAACAGUUAAGUGUGUUUCUUUUAUUGCAACUCAGCUGCUCGUUUAGGUUUUGGUUAAGAAAGCUUAUAAAAGUGUGUUUUAGCAAAGAAUGUCAAUGCGCCUCUCUUGAAAUAAGCGUUCAUCAUGUCAUCAACAGAUUUCCUGAUGAGGAUCUUGUACAAACACAUGUUGCAGCAGUCCAAUGAAAAUAGACAAUUAGACUGAUAAACACAACAGCAGCUCUAUGGCACUGUUAAUUAGGUAAAUAAAUACAUUUAAUGCGCUCAUGAUAGUUUAUUACUCCACCAAGGAGGCGGAGCCUCAGCGGUUUUAUGUGACGAUUGGGAACGUUUGUUUGUCUGUCUGUCUGUCCGUCUGUCUGUCUGUUUGUCUGUCUGUUAGCAACAUUACUCAAAAACGGACAAACAGAUUUGGAUGAAAUUUUCAGGUAAGGUCAGAAAUGGCACAAAGAUCAUUAGAUUAAAUUUUGGCAGCGAUGCGGCUUAUAGUCUGGAUCCAUGGAUUUGUUAAAAAUUUCUGUAUCAUUGUGAGAUAGCAGCACGGCGUCACUGUAACUAUGACAACAAGUGAACACUACGUCAGCUGCCUGCUAAUGAUCACAAUUGUGAUCCUACUACAAAUUGACCGUUGCGGACUUAUUGGGACUAGUGUUUCCGAGUCCCAUCAAUUCCCGCUGCCCGCUACAUAUUUAGGUCACAUGAUUCGGUAUCCAUGCGUAAUGUACACAUACAUAACACACGACUGUGCUCAGCACAAUGUCAUUUUGUUUGUGGGUACAUCUAUAUUAAAUGGCCAUAUUCUAUAGUGCCGUGAUUUCUGCCACAAAAUUUUUGAAGAUUUCAUCCGUUGGAAAUGAUACAAUGACAGAGCAGCCUUGGCAGAGUACUGCACUCUGAGUGCUUUUCCUGUUUUGGUAAAAUGGUACCAUCAAACCUUGUCAUCAUACUAUAUGUAUAAGUAUUCGGUCACAAAGUAAAGCAUUGGAAUUGUUAGAACUUUGGCUGAAAAUGGUGCUACAUGAAAAUAAGGGAUCACCAAAGUUAUUACAGGUUCAUUCUAGGGGUAGAGGAAAUUAGGCUGUAUCCUCAGGGGACCACGAAUGUGUAUCGGAAAUUUGUAGGCAAUCCAUCCAACAGUUGAUGACAUAUUUCAGAAGGUUUUUUAGCUAAUGAAAUCGAUACAAAGACCACCUGGGUUUAAAAUGAUGUCAAGAAAGCACCACACCCAGGACCAAAUGAUGUAGAAGCUACAAACAGAAAGAUGACAAAAAGAUGUAAUAAGUCUGAAACAGCAGAGCAUACCAAGCAUUAUAAAAGCUGAUUUUUAUUCCUGGUUUAAUAUUCAGUUAGUGGAUUUGUAGCAUUUUGUUAAAUAGGGAUUUGCGCUACACUGCUGCUAAUCAUUAAGUCCAUUGCUCUAAAGCUUGACAUGAUGCACAGCUGAUCUUUGGUGAUUUAGAAAUAAAACAUCACUUUACUGAAAGAAAUACAAUAAAAUCAACAACAGAGUAAAUCCCAGGCUAUUACCAGGGCUUAAAAACAGCAAAUAAACUUCCAGGUUUGUGUGUUUAUACUGAAAUCUGUUUCUUUUGCUUCAAGAACUGAACAGUUGUUUUCAUUACUGCUCCAGUGAUUUGAUCUUAUUGUUUCUGACAACCGUUAAACUGGUCAGGUAAGAGUUCAGUGUGUUUGACGUGUGUGUGUGUGUGUGUGUGUCGAAACGAGCAUAAACAUCCUCGCAACGUACUCAGCUCCCAUUAGUCACACUUGAAACAUUGAAAUUUCAGAAGAUGUUGCAACUUGUUCUGGGUAGAAGAAGUUCAGGACAUAUGUAGGAUGUGAGGAAAGGAAAAGAAAACUAGUGACAAAUCCAGUAAACGCUAAUGGGGUGAUACUGAGAGAUGAAUCAUGGGUCGGAUCUUCUGCUCCGUCCCAUGAAGCAAGUCCUGCUGUCUGUUUGGAUGUCAUGUGAUCAGGGAGAGGAGGGGGAGAGGAGAAGAAAGCUCAGACUGGGCUCUCAGCCUCAAAUCCUGAUCCCGGGGCCCUUCAUCAGCUAUGAAUCCCUGAGGAAUUAUCUGCAGCCGGAGCCAUGCAAGGAAGCUCUGCUGCUGGCCACGCAGGCGGUCGGGAUCGGGCCGCUCACAGAGAGCAUAGAUGAACAGAGGCCAGUGAAGCAGCGUCGUGCACGGGCCAACUACAGCAGCUGGCAGCUGGAGGAGCUGGAGAAGGCUUUCGAGACCACCCACUACCCAGACAUCUUCAUGAGGGAAGCCCUGGCCCUCAGACUGGAUCUCAUUGAGGCCAGAGUACAGGUUUGGUUUCAAAACCGCCGUGCCAAGAUGAGACGGCAGCUAAAGCUCCAAGGCCAGCUCGCAGGGCCUUAUGUCAAAAGAGACGAUGAUGAAAUGCCUGAGAAAGCCAGCAAAGGUUUAAAACAGACCGAAACUUCUGACGGUGAGCACUGGGAGAGACAACAGGAAGGACAAAAUUAUCCAUGGACAAAAGCUUCGAGUGCAGUGUUGAGCGUGCGUAUGCAGCCCGUGACCCCGAGGUCGGGCAAGUGGGAGAGGCCGGAGGGGCCGAGCUCGGAGGAGCUCCGCUGCUGCAGCAUCGCCAAGCUGAGGGCCAAAGCCAGGGAACACGAGGCCGAGAUCCACAGCUCCGUAGGCAUGUCAGGAGGUGACACACAGCCACAAACACAGGAAACCGAUGCCACGCACAAUGACUGAUCAUUUCCCUUCUUCCUGUUUGUAAAGAUAAUAUUAACAAAACACUAUAAAUACACAGGAGCAUCAUUUUGACCUGUAAGAUGCUGAGGAGCUUCAUUAUUUAGCCACAUUAGCUGAAUAUUUCCAUGUCUGUAUUCUUAAAAUCCUUUUUAUAUUGCAUUCCAGUUAACUUCUUUUAUGACAUUUCCUGUUGGGAACUUUUUCCAUACAAAUACAAAAACGCUGUACUUCAUGUAACAACUGGCAGAUUUUUAUUUUUUGGUUUUCAGUACAUCUUAUAUGUGACUGACGAUAUUUACUCUGAAUGAACGCUACACGCUCUGUGCUCGGGGCUUCAACAGAUAAUGACAAAUGUUGACGUCUUAACAUAUCAGUUUAUCUGGGCGCCCUGAAAUAGGAUACAGUCAAGCAACGUCUAAAUGAUUUCAGUAAUGACAAGCUCAUCGCUGACCUCUUGGGUUACCUUCGCAGACAGGCAGGAUGUCGACAUGCAGCCGCACGUCCUCGCAGGAAACAAUGGGAAUAGCUGGAAAAUGAAAUCAUGAACACUGACUGUACAGUAUAAAGAUCACAUGAUGAACUGCAUCAAAGAUUUAAUUUACUGACAGCUAUAAAUGUCCCUAAAUGUGUGUCUUUAACUGCUGCGCGCAAUAUUUAUCCAGUAUUAUAUGUUAAAAUUGUCUGGAAUCAUGCACACAGGUGUAGAUAGGGAUGUUAAUAUGUGCUUUCUUAAUUCUAGGUCAAACUCUGUGUACAGUUUCUUCAUGCCUCCAUACUUUUUUUUUCACAUAGAAAACAUACUAAUACUGUUUUUAAUGCAUUGACCACAACUUGGGAGUGGUGAGACUUGUCUUCUAACAGUGUAGUAUGACACUGCCCCCUUCUGGGCAUGAGGACGUCCUCAGACAGGCAUGAUAACACACUUCACACAACACAACAAGCAGUUUUUGUUUAGAAAAUGCAACCACUGAAAGCAUUUUUUUAUAUAUACUCUAAUCAAGUCACAAGCUCUUAUUUGUUGUCUGCCAUCAUUUCAACUUUUUAAACCUAUUUAGCUCUGCCUGAAUUUCCCGAGUCCUCUUGUGACAAUUAAUAAACAAUUCAUGUCUUACAGUA